AUGAACUUCGACGAGAUUUUUCAAGUUUCCAAAAAGGAUGAACUACCUGGGAUUGACGAUUGGAUUUAUAAACUUGCUGAUAAUUCUGAAGAAUCUGAGAUAGACGAUUCCUUACUCGUCGAGUUUCUCAACUCUGGAGUGAUCAAUGGAACGGUGCUUGGACUGUACGCUUUGGCAGUAGUGGUCGGGUUUCUUCUGGUAGUCUUUGCGGCAGUGGGCGCGUUUGCUCUACUGAAAGGCCUUUGCGAAGCAUGCAUCAAAAAAGCUGAAGUUGUACCAGUGUGA